AUGGAGCAUGUUACUGUCCCUCCACUGUCCCGUCUUGCUAUUUGCGGUGGCACCCAUGGAAAUGAGAUGUCAGGGGUGUACAUGGUGAGGGAGAUGCAGAAACACAAGGAUGCUCGGGCUGGAUCUGUGGCUAUAACCACUGUCAUGUCAAACCCACGAGCUGUAGAUGCCUGUCGGAGAUACAUAGACAAGGAUCUUAACCGCUGUUUUACAGACGCCUUGCUGAGGUAAGAGCAUUAACUCCAGAUAUUUUGUCUGAUUGAUAAAUCUGCUCUAAAAACCAGAAAUGCAAAAAACCCUAUUCCUCUCGCUUUUAGUUCCCCCAUUACAGACUCCACACCCUAUGAGUUGCUACGAGCCAAAGAGUUGAAUGAUCAGCUUGGGCCCAAAGGAGGGGCGGGGGCGGUGGAUCUGCUCUGUGACAUCCACAACACCACCGCCAACAUGGGCCUGUGCCUCAUCUUUUACUCUUUAGACUGGGUCACUCUACACAUAUACAAAUACAUCCAGGUCAGCACUACAAUGUGUUAUCAGGACAAAUAAUCAUACAUCCAUAAACCUACUCCAUGACAGGUUGAAUUCUGACUUUCACAAGGAGACAAAGAUUUAAGAAAACAAUAGGAAGUAUGAGGUGCUGUAACUGAAGGCAGUGUUAAUUUUGCAACUUCAUAAAGUAUCAGGAUCAAAACCAUGGUCACACUGGCAGAUAAAUAUGCAUGUAUAUGAUAUUAAAGCGCAGGAAAGUGCUAAAGUAUUCACUGUUUUGGUUUUUGUGGUUUUUCAGAGCAAGAUGACCACCCCUGUAAGAGCAAUCCAGUUGGACAUACCUCUUUCUGAGGCGUAUUCAUUGGAGUCAGUGGGUAAAUACGGUUUUGGUAAGUGCGAGUGGUUUUCUCUGCCUUCCUCUGCAUGUCUUUUUUUAUCAUCUGGGUUAUUAAAGGAUAAGAUAUGGGAACGAUUUCUCUUAUUCUACGCAGCAAUUGAAGUCGGGCCCCAACCUGGCGGUGUAGUAAGGGCUGAUAUCUUCAACAUGGUCAAAGAGGCGGUGGAUCUCACCAUAGAGUGGCUCCAGCGAUUCAACUCUGGUGAGAAACAAAUUCUGGUACUACAACAAACAGAUCAACUAAGAAAACAAGGAGCUUAGUAUUACAGAAAAACAGAUUUUCUUGAAGUAACGAAGCAGUCUGUGUUGGUCCAGUAAAAGUGAAGUUAAAGCUUUGUGCUCCUUUUAAUCCUGGUUUCUACAUGUUUCCUGUAAAUAUGGUUUUAAAGUUAUCAGAUUUCUGUCUCUAACAUAAUACAGAAAAGGAGGCAGCACUUUGAGGAAUCAGAGACCCCCAAACCUCUAAAUCACACCCCAACUCUCUGCAUUUGCAGCACACUACUAAGGAUUAAAAUAUUCAUGAGCAGUUUGGCAGAACAAAUGAUCCAAUACUCAAAGUCCAUUCAUUAAACCAACAUUGCUUCAUAUUUCUCACCAUGUCCUUCGCAGGAGAGACCUUUGAUGGAGGUGAAGUGGAGGCAUUCAGUCCAGUGCAGACUGUUGAUUACCCCAGGGAUCCUACAACCAAUGAAAUUACUGCUGCCGUACACCCACAGCUGCAGGUAAAGAACAAAGAAGGAUUCAUUAACUGAUAAGCCUCUGAUAAAAGCUGCUACUCUUUGUUUCUGAAAACUACCAUCCAACAGUGUGAUAACACUAAAAAAUACAGCUUAAUGAUGGCUGAAUCUGCAGCUCACUCCAACUUUAUGGAACAAGCUAUUUUUCCGAGUUUAGCUAACAAUUUACAGUAAUUUUGAGUCCUAUCAUUAACAAAAAUCUUUGAACCCCACUGAGCAUUUUUUGGUCUAUAAGAGGUCUAAUAGACAUCUAAAUGUAGCCUAAACAACUGGUCUAAAAUCAGGCUACCACAGGUCUAAAAAUUAAAGUUUUUUUUAUACGUCUAAAUGUAGACCAAGUUUAGACCAAGUCUAAAUCUGGGCUGUAUCUAUACUACACUGUAUAUUGCUCAACGGCUAUCGUAAUUAUUUUGGAUUAAGUACUUGGAGAUCAGUUAUACAACUCACAGUUGCUCUUUGAAAUAAAUAGUUAUCGAAUGAUGGGUUAAAGUGCAACGUCCAAAUUCCGUCUUAAAUAUACAGAAUCUAGAUGUUGAAAUUAAGUCUAAAAAAAACUAGACGUCUAUUAGCUGUCUUUUGCUCAGUGGGCCAGUUUACACUCAAAGACACAGCUCAUUCCUAACUGGGUAGAGUGUAAAGAAGUUUAAGUCAAAAACAACAACUCCUAAUUCAUGCUAGUCUUGGGAUACAACUUUGUAUCAAUAAAAAUAAAAGUAUCAAUUACAAGUUUAAAUAAAUCAAUCAGUUUUUAUGUUUCUAGCACUAAUUCACACCAAGUGUUAUCCUAAGAUGCUUAAUGAAAAAAAGCUGGUUUAGACCAUACUCUACUUACAAAGUCCCUAUGUAAAGAUGGGAUAAGACUGAGCCCCAUCUUGUAAGGUACAACUCACACCCAUCCCAUUUUUAUACAGUACAAAAACUUUAAAUUACAUGUAUGUUUUUGUUUAGAAAGAAAUGAUCGUCCUUGGUUGCACUUUGACUCACCAGCUGGCUUUCUCUGCCUUUUCCAGGACAACGACUUCAAGCUGCUCCAACCGGGCGACCCGACAUUUCUGUCAUUCUCAGGAGAGACAAUGAGGCACGAAGGAGCAGCCCUCUACCCUUUCUUUGUAAAUGAAUGUGCCUACUAUGAGAAGAAAAUUGCUUACCAGCUAGCCAAGAAAAUCACUCUGACCUUCCCAUCGAUAAGUGUGAAAAAAGACUGA